CCCGCGCCCGCGCCCGCGCCCGCGACACCAAGUUGUGGCAGAGACCAGCUCUUCUCCAGACUCACUCACUCACCAUCUCUGCUGUUUAGAGAGAGAGAGAGAGAGAGAGAGAGAGAGAGAACUCCCUCAAGGUCGUUGUCAUCCGGUCGGCCCGCCUUCCCUCCCGGGCGAACAUCGCCACAUAUGGGCUCUCUCCUUCAGGACGCGGGGCCGAUGCGGCGCCCGCUCCGUGAAUCUAUCCCUCCUCUCGUCUUCGGCACGGCCACGUUCAAUACCCAAUAUGUCCCCAACCCGUUCGAUCUCCCCGCCCUGUCUAUCGUGUCGCGCGCGCUCGACCUUGGGGUCAAGGCCUUUGACACCUCACCUUACUACGGUCCGUCCGAGCUGAUCCUCGGCGGCGCGCUUUCGCACCCCUCCAUCACCGCCAAGCACCCGCGACCCUCGUACUUCCUCGUAACUAAGGCGGGCCGCAUCGCCGGCGACACGUUCGAUUACAGCCCAGCCUGGGUUCGAUACUCGGUGUACCGAAGUCUGGAGCGGCUGCAUACCUCCUAUCUCGACCUAGUGUACAUGCACGACGUCGAGUUUAUGUCGCCGCCGGAAGUCUUGGCCGCGGUACUAGAGCUUCGCCGGCUGUGCGGCGAGGGUGUGAUCCGGUACGUAGGCAUCAGCGGGUACCCCGUCGAGAAGCUGUGCUCGCUUGCGGAGAUGAUCCACCAGGAAACGGGUGAGCCCCUCGACGCCGUGCUGAGCUACGGUCACUAUACCAUCCAGAACACGACCCUAGGCGCGUCGGCCAUGGCGAGAUUCGAACAGGCCGGCGUCGACGUCGUGUUGAACGCCAGCAUGUUGGGUAUGGGCUUGCUGACCACAAGAGGCGCCGACGCGGGCCCGUUGGCCAAGUGGCAUCCCAGCCCCGAGGCUUUGAGGAAGGCGUGUCAAAAUCUGGUACCUUUGGCGACCGCCGCGGGCGAAAAGCUCGAGGCUGUCGCUAUCCGGUGGGCGCUGGACAACUGGUCGCGGGUUGGUGCGCCGAGAGGCAGUUGUAUUCCAACCCUCCCAGCCGCAGGCCAGGUGGGCGUGAGUGUGAUGGGCAUCUCGAGUGUAGCCGAACUAGAGGAGACGUGCCGCGUCUUCCAAAGUGUGACAGAGGGCCUAGCACCCGAGACAUCAGAUCAGGGCCAGGCGAUGCGGAGGCAGUGGAGCUUGGACCGCCGCCGAAAGGUCCAGGGGCUCGUAGAGCAGAUGUGGUCCGUCCUAGGGAGCUGGAAGGACUACAGCUGGGACAGUCCCGAGCCCGGCUUUAUCAACGGGAGAAAACCCGCAGACGUCGGCGCCACCCCCGAUGACGGUAUCCUUAUCAAAUACUCAUCCAAGCAGCAUCCCGUGCGCUUCAGAGUUGAAGAGCUGCCGGAGUUGGCUGCUUGAAGUCGUUUGUUUUAAAUGUGCCAAUUUAUCAAUAUUCAUGUUUCGUGGAGCUGUACAAGAUAGACGAGCCUAAAAGCGUGCUUCGUAGGAAAGGCCCGACACUGCACCACAGGCAAAUAUAAGAAACCUUUCCUCAUCACCUCUGCUGUCGCAUUCAUGAGCUGCAGUCCCGUAUAUAAUACCCUCCUCCCUUUCGUUUUAUACGAGUUCCCCUAGGGUUAAGGAGCUUAGAAUUUGCUUUUUCCCCUAAUCCACCACGAUCACAAAUCGCAAGGCUUUGAGAUUAUCUAGGGAAGGGGGCCGCACUGCGCGCUGAAAGAUCUGAAAAUCCUUCUCUCUUUACCUUGCAUUGUGAUGAGAUUGAUUCUUCUUCUCCACUCUUCCCGGCCAAUAUCGCCGAAUACACUAGAUGAUUCCCGAACCGAGCAUUCAUCGAACCGAGCAUUGAUGAAUGCAAAAAGAAAGUUUCAACCCCCGAGACCCUCCGGUGCACCUUAUCGUUUCUUUAGUUCAGCCGAGAAAAUUGCCCUCCUUUCCCC